AUGGAUUCCUUGCUUUCUCCUGACUAUAUCAUCAUCGGCGGCGGCACCUCGGGUCUCGUUGUUGCUAACCGUUUGUCCGAGAAUCCCGAUGUCCAGGUCCUAGUACUCGAGGCCGGCAAGGAUCUCUCUGCCGAUCCCCGAGUCAACAUUCCAGCCCUCUUCACCUCUCUUGCCGGCUCUGAUGCUGACUGGCAGUACAAGUCCGUGCCCCAGCAAGCUCUAGGGGGGCGAUCUAUCCGCGAACCCCAGGGAAAGGCCCUCGGCGGCUCUUCAGCCAUCAAUGGCCAGGCUUUUAUUGCUCCCUCUCAGUCAGAAAUUGACGCCUGGGCUAAGUUGGGUAACCCCGGAUGGGACUGGGCCGGACUGGUGCCCUCAUAUAGGAAAUCCUAUACCCUCAUACCACCGCCAGACCAUGAUACUCUUGAGCAUCUUGGAAUCGACUGGAUCAACGACGAAUUCCGGGGUACCUCGGGUCCCAUCAAGGUGUCCUUCCCAGGUAUUCUUCAGAACCCUCUGUGCAAGGCAUGGAUCGACGCUUUCCGUGGUAUAAAUAAGGUCACCAACGGUGAUCCGUUCUCCGGCAACUCCAUUGGAGGUUACAGCAACACGGCAACAGUAGAUCCAGACACUAAGACCCGAAGCUAUGCCAACUCGGCGUACGGCGUGCCUAUGCGCCAGAGGUCUAACGUCAAGGUUUUUACGGAGGCCAAGGUUCAUAAGGUGCUAUUCACCAAGACCGAGUCCGGAAGCCUCAAUGCCACUAGUGUGCAAGUUUCCAUCGGAGGUAAGAUGGAGGCAUUCACCCCUGCAAAAGAAGUCAUACUGGCUGCUGGUGUGUUUAACACACCUAAACUCCUUGAGCUCUCGGGUAUUGGCGACCGAAAGCUGCUUGAAUACCAUGGGAUUCCCGUCCAGGUGGACCUUCCUGGGGUCGGAGAGAACUUUCAGGACCACCUGAUGACGGGGUUAAGUUACGAGGUAGUCGACGGCGUCAUCACAGGGGACCCCCUGCUUCGCCAAGAACCAGACGCACUAGCUCUAGCCCAGAAGCUCUACGUCGAGCACAGAGCCGGCCCAUUUACCAUCGGCGGCAUGCAGUCACACGCCUUCAUGCCAACACCAGAUGCCGCGGCGCUGCUGGACAAACUUCCCAAGUCACAGGGGCCACAAGACUUGGAGUUUUAUAACACGGUCCGUUCCAUCCUUGAAAAACCGGACGGCAGCUCCGCAGCAUGGUUCAUGUUCCUGGCACAGGUGAACCUGCACGAGGGUGGACAGAGCUUCGUCGGGACGCAGCUUCUCCCGGGGAACUUUGCGAGCCUAGGCUGCGCGCAGUCUCAUCCGUUCUCGCGGGGGUCCAUACACAUCUCAUCCGCCGACAUCGAUGCCAUUCCUGACAUCGAUCCAAGGUAUUUUUCGCACCCCGCUGACCUCGAGAUUAUGGCGCGCCACGUGCAGGCACUCGACACGACGCUGCGCCACUCAUCGGAGCUGUCGCCCUUCUUCAAGGCCGACGGGCAGCGCAAUCAUCCCGACGCCUUCCGCGUUGCGGACUUGGAGAUUGCCAAGAAGUACUUGCGCGACACGGCUACUACCGCGUACCACGGCUGCGGCUCGGCGGCUAUGUUGCCGAGAGAGAAGGGCGGCGUGGUGGACUCGCAGCUGCGUGUAUACGGGACGGAGAACCUUCGGAUCGUUGAUGCUAGUGUUUUCCCGUUGAUUCCGCGCGGUAACAUCUUGUCCUCGGUGUAUGCUGUGGCAGAGAAGGCCGCGGAUGUUAUUAAGGCUUAGUAACGCACCUGUACACACCUAGGCGUCUUAUGUGCUAGGAC